GUGGUAACACUGCAGAGUGCAUUCACUAGACCAGUGUCAAACAGCAACAGAAAAUAAAGCUCGAGCAAUAUUUUAUCAAUAAACUGAGUAAGUAAUGGAAAACAGUGGAGAGAGUGGUGAUGAUGGUGGACCCCAAGGUACAAGCAAUUUCUUCACAUCCGGGGGUGUCUCUGGGAAUUAUAUCGGAGUGUCUGACGAUCUAGAAGAUGAUCCAGAGAAUACAGACGACUCGAACCACGGAGGAGAUCCUCUUCACGGUGGAAAUGGUGGUGGUGCUCCUGGUCCUCUCCGUGAACAAGAUCGUUUCCUUCCAAUUGCAAAUGUUGCAAAAAUAAUGAAACGGGCUAUACCUGAGGCAGGAAAGAUCGCCAAAGACGCGAGGGAAUGUGUCCAAGAGUGCGUGUCCGAGUUCAUAUCCUUCAUAACGUCUGAAGCCUCUGACAGAUGUCACAUGGAGAAGCGAAAGACGAUAAACGGCGAGGACAUUCUGUUUGCGAUGACGACUCUGGGCUUCGAUAACUACGUUGAGCCCCUGAAGAUGUACCUGCAGAAGUACAGGGAGGCGACCAAGGGGGACCAGACACCACCGUGCCUAACAGGCCCAAAUGCUAAUGGAAAGACUGAACCACCAAGCACUAUUUAUGAGGAACAGCUCUAUGCCAUAUCUGGCACGAGUGCAACCACUUCCGACACUCCUGUAAUCUACAGCUACUCCUCAACCGAUCAGAUGCAGUUCCAGCUGUCCUGAUCCUCUGAUGAUUCCCAAGAUCAGGAGUGGAUGUGUCUUGAAGAGUGAAUGAUACUCUGGACGAUAUAGUUCAAUUGAUUCAAUUAUUUUAUCUUUAGGAUGUUUAUCCAUCUUUAAAAAACCAAAUUACUUGGAAACUUAUUGGCCGAUUCUCACCUGUUUAGAGGUUCAAAAUGGUUGAAUAAAUUUUUAUAAUGAUUGAAACACAAUUCGAAGAACAGCCAAUUCAAACUAUUGAUCCUGGGAAGAAAUGAAAAAGGAAAAACACUUUGUUCCAACAUUGAAUUAGCUCCACAAAAGUUCUUCAACUUUUUCACCUUAAACUUAUAGUUCUCGAGAUAAAUCGACAAUUGAGAAAAAUGUUUAAUUCGAUAUAUGCCAAUCUACGUUUAAUAAUCUUUGCAAUAAAUGUGAACUCCAUCGAUUGAAGAGAAAAAACAAAAAUACUAGCUGUUGGUUUGGGAUAAACAUCCUCAGUUCUGGGAAUCAGUGGAAAUGAAGAAUAUCUAUGCCAAUGUAAAAGCGAAGAUAGUCAUUAGGUGUUUUUUAAUGAGCAUUCGACAUGUAGAAAAAAUUAGCCGAUCCUUUAUUGUAACUCCAUUAAAGCACUAAAAUUCAUAUUAAA